CCACCCAGCGCUCGCCGGUACUUCCGGCGCGGCCUACCUCUACCGCUGGCCGACAGAGCUAAUUGAGAGUGCCUGCCGAGCCCAGUCCGCCUGCUAAUACCUGCUGCGGGUGGCAUAGCUAUGGAACGCCUUGAUAAAGCGGCGCUGAACGCACUGCAGCCGCCCGACGUCAGAAAUGAAAGUUCAUUAGCAUCUACCCUGAAGACUCUGCUGUUCUUCACAGCUUUAAUGAUCACUGUACCUAUUGGGUUAUAUUUCACCACUAAAUCUUAUGUUUUUGAAGGUGCCUUUGGGAUGUCCAAUAGGGACAGCUAUUUUUAUGCUGCUAUUGUUGCAGUGAUUGCUGUCCACGUGGUGCUGGCCCUCUUUGUCUAUGUGGCCUGGAAUGAAGGCUCACGACAGUGGCGUGAAGGCAAACAGGAUUAAAGUGAACAUCACCUUUUGAUAGCAUUAAAUUAAGUUUUAAAAAUGUCAAAUGCAUCCGGGAUGCUGAUUAUUUCAAUAAUGUUGAAAGAACAUGUUAAAAUCUAUCUUAAGGAGUCAUGUUUAACUAAUGUAAAUUUUGAUCCUUCUAAUACAGUGGUUUGCAGCAUCAAUUUUAACUGCAUAAGCCUCUCAUUUGCAAAUGAGAAUUUGGAAAAAUUAAAUUGAUUACAAAUAAUUAUUCUGAGAAGACUGAUUAUUUUAUAACAAAAAAUGUUUUAUAGCAUUUUGUCUUUUAGUUGGCUUUGAGUUUUACUUUUCUGGAUAUAUUAAUAGGUACAUAGUGAAACAAAUCUAAAUUUUAUUUUUUGCUGAAAUACUUUCCCUAACUAUCAUGAAAAUACCAGGUCAUUGGAUUUUGGGUUAUAAAUUCCUAUGGAAAAUUGCUUAAAUUAUGAAUGCUGGAAUUAUUCUGAAUGUCACUGAGAAAUUUCAAAUAAGUGUAAUAUCUAGUCAGUAGCAAUCUUUCAUUACAUUAUUUCAUGGGGAAACUUGGCUGAAUUCCACCCAUCUUACAUGAACUGGUUUAUUGAAGGAUCUCAAUAGCAAAGCAGAGCUAGCUGCCUUCUUGCAGGCUAGCCUGUGCUUUCAGAACAACUCUUUAAUAAUCUCUUUUGCUCUUGCUCAACAAUGAAGUUACUCUUUAAUUAUCAGAUUUGUGUAAAUUCCCUUUAAAUUUGUUUUUCCUACUGUUUUUUUUUUAAUAUUGUAUAUGAUAAGAAUUUACAUUUAAAUGUUUAUUUUUGCAUACUUAGGGAGUGUGAACAGUCCUGAAAUAGAUUGUUUUUAUCACCCAGGAAGUAUUCUUGGGAUUUCUAGUCUAGUCUUUUUAAUCGGAGUUGUUAAAUCCCAGAUAUGUAUAAUUAGCUAAUUCUUGAGGCCCUUUCUGAUAGAAAAAGACUGUGUUUUUAUUUUAGUAUCUUUAGUCUGUUUUCUUUCUAGCCACUUGGUACUACUUGUAUGCAAUCUAAAAACAUGCAUAUUAAAACAAGAAGAAAAUUUAAAUUCCCUGUAAUUUUGCCAACUGGAGAUAACCACUGUUUUGGUUUACAUCCUGUGUGCAUUUCUUAGUGCUAGUUUGAUACUUAUUAAAAGUUUGGAUUAAGUUCAAAUUCUGCCAACUUUUCCUGACACUAUGUGUGUUUUUUUCAUGUGCGUGAUUAGUGACCAUUUUCUUAAACAAAACAAAAAACCCCCUACAUUCUACCUUUAUUCUUGUAUCUGUAGGUAUAUCAUUGUUCAAAUUUCCUGUUAAUUCCUAAUACAGUGGCCCUUGCUGUGUUUGUCAUUACCAAUUUGUUUGUUUACCCCUAUUUUUAAUGUAGAAUUGGAUUCUUGCUUAGUUAAAUGUUGUCUAUGGUUUAAAUGUCUUCUAUAAGCAGUUAUUCUAAAUUAAAGUGUUUUCUUAAAAAAACUACAGUUUUAGUAUAAAAUUGUACAAAUUUAAUAUAAAAUUAUAGAAUACCCCUGUUUGAGUCUGAGGUAUUGUGUGGUAGAUUUCUAGAUGGUUCCCUCUUUGUUGUACUUAGAAUUGUUGUCCACCUACUUUUUUUUUUUCUGUAAUGCCAAGGUUUUUCUUGUACUUUUGGGAUGUUAUGCUAUUUGUAAAAUGUUAAUGUCCAAUGUUGGAUUAUUUUGUUUGAUUUCAGACUUUUGCUGAGUAGAUAAUGAUAUGGGUAUUUUUCUGCAAGUAUUUAAACCAGGGAUUCAUGCAAAAGCAAUUGUAAUUUCCUCUUGGAAUAAUUACCAAGUUUUUGAAAUUUAGACUUGGAUGCUAGUGUUGAUAUUUAGAAUUAUUACAGUAUAGACUUGUUUUCAAACCAGUUGAUUUUUCCCUGGGGUUUCAGCUGUUAACUUGCUAGUUUGCUACAGUUGAAAUAACAUGGUAUUUGACAACAGAUUUAUUUUUCACUGGUUUUCUGUUGCACAGUAUAUAUACUUCAGGAUGUAUAGAAAGGAAAAUUACAAUUGAGCCCUUAUAAAUGUUUUAAGAUAGGAAUAUGUUCGCUAUUGUUUGAAAACUAAUUGUAAGAAUAACCUCAAUUAGGAAGUGUAACUUGAAAUGUCAGUACAAAGUACUGAUUUAACCCCAUUUACUGUAACACAGUACCUUACUCUUCUCCAUUUGCUCCCCCCCCCGAAUAUAAUCUCUUUUCCUCAUUGUGCUUAUAACUGAAAGUCUGCUGUAGAAUGCAUCUGAUGCCAUUAGCUUUUCAAGUGGAUACCAUUUUACGUGUAGCAGCAAAGUAGUUUUGAGUUAUUACUGAGGAAAUGUAAACAUUUCAUUAAAAAACAAAACAAAACUGUGUUUCCUGGGAAUCUAACUGAAAUGCAUUGUAAUAAUUGGACUUUUAAUCUUAAAAUCUCAUCAGCUUUGCCAAAAGAGGCAACUGAUUGACUUGUUUGGUGGAACAAGUCAUUUUUCCAUUUUCACAUAAGUUUAUUUUCCAUUUUCACAUAAGUUUUAUGUAUACAUCUAAAGUGCCCAAGGAGACCAGUAAAAAUAGUAAAAUAGAUAAAGAGUGCCCAAGGAAAGAUGAAAGCUGAAGGUACAUGAAAUAAAGGAUUGAAAUCCUAUUUCUGCAGUAUCUAGUGAGUAUUUCUUGUCUCCAGACAAGUUCAUGUUUAUUGUUUCAUGCUCAAGUGAGAUUGUAGACUGUUGUUAGGGCCAUUUUAAAAAUGGUUCAGCUAUGGUACCAACUUUGUCACUUGUGUUAGGUCAGCAGUGGAUUUCUCUGCCGUCAAGCACUCUGCCUCCUCCACCAAAGUAGUACAACUUUAUUAAUUCAGACUCAACUUAUAUUUAAGAUAAAUUUUGCAAGAGCUGGACUGAAGUGGCAUAUUAAUAACUUGGCAAGAUUUUUAUUUCUUAUUUGCAGGGGAAAAGGGUCGUCUGAGAAAAUAAAUUAUUUUCAGCGACUUUGAGAACCUAAUGAUUAAUAUUACAUGUAAUCUAUGAGUAGCUUAAACCCUUAUAUAUUUGUUAAAAUAGUCUGGAAUUUAUUAAAAUAGUCAGGAAUAGUCAUCAUUCCUGGCCUUGCUUUUCGUGCCUGUUUUGUUGCCAUGUGUACUUACAAAAAUAAUAUCUGUGUUCCUUUUAAGAUGUUCUACAAGUCAUUUGUCAGUUACACAGACUAGUCUUCCUUUUUCUCAGGUUCAGUGAAAUCUCACUGAACAGUAAUAAUAGCAAUAGCUAACAACAUCUGCACAGCACCUUACAGUUUGCAAAGAAUGUUCACAUAUUCUUGUUUGAGUUUUGCAUAGUGAACCUUUCACCUGAUGUCUUGACAUCAGUGCUUAAAAGUGUUAGAAUCUUUAAAUCAUUAGAGUCAUUGAAUAUUGCUAUAGUCUGGACUAGGGGCAGGCUUUAAUGUGCUACGUUGAAAGCUAUGUGUAAUUAUGAAAAUAGGGGGCUUGAGUUCUUUAGCCACUUGAAUCAGGUUUUCUUUUGUUAAGUGAUUUUUUUAAACUGUUACCUGGAUGGAUUUUUGUAUUCAUUAUGUUCUAGCCUGUAAUUUGUAUAAAUUUACCAUCUAUUGUCAUUAAAAAGGUGUUUGUAAUGCCUCUUUGAUGUGUCCUAAUUCAGUUAAUAGUAACUUUAUUAAAUUGGGUUUUUUAAA